UUUUCACCUUCCUCCUUUGUUUGUAAGGUCCAUGUUGGGAUCUGGAGCCUGGAGAGAUUUCAAAGAGAUCUGGGAGGGAUGAAAUCUCCAAUCCUGGGGCCAGGUUUUUGGAAUGGCCAGGAGGCUGAUUGCACAGGUGUGUGCAGGCCUUUUCAGAGAGUCAGGACCAGGGUUCUGGGCUCCACCCCGGCAGCUAGGAGUCAGCAGGUCCUCCACCCCGGCAGACUGGAGGCUCCACCCCGGCAGACGGGAGGUCUCUGCCUUGGAGUCAGGUGGAAGCCAGACUAGCUGUGUGCUAGUGCCAUAUUUUGGGAAGAGUCUGCAGGAGGCAGACUUAAAACUGUGUACAAGCCAGGAGGCUGAAUAUGAUUUGCUUGAGGUUGGAUACCCCUGCGUAGGAAGCAUUUGUGUUUCUUGAACUUUCUUGUAAAUAAAAGUGGGCAAAAAAGCCCUUAAAAGAAGCGAGUUGCUGUGUGCUUUGAAGAAGCUCUACCACGUUGAAGCGAGUUCCCACAUAUGGUGGAGGAUGCGGGCAGAAGAUCCCUGCGAUGAAGUAAGUUCAUCAGUUAUAUGAACUGUUUGGUGCAUAUG